AUCAUUAAUUCAGUUUGAUUUUUUUAUAUUUCUACCUGACUAUAAUCAACUUGGUUUCCUUUAUUGGGUUUGUCUUCAGCCCACUUUUAAAAUUGCAGUUUUAACUUUGUUUUAACUUAACAUAUAUCAUGGAUAUCGUAGAUAUAUGCCCAGAGGAUGAAUCAAAAUUUUCCUACAGUAACAGCUCGUGGAGCAGGGAUGAUGGCCAGGUAAAGCUGUCUGCCAAAAAACAAAUGAUGGAACAGCAGCAGGAAUCAUGGGACACUAGCCAGGAUAUGAUACGGCUUGCUCGUAUGAGGAUCGUCACUUCGGUCAUGUUGCACGCAUGGCGGCAAAGACGCGCCGAUGUCCGCAAACUGCAGCAGGUGGUGGAACGCCUCCAAAAGAGCUCCAUUUACUCCAAGAAUGAGCUGCAUGUGUCUAACACAUUGAUGCGCAUCGAGGAGAAACGCUGCAGGGAGCUUCAAUUGGAGCUGAAGAAAUCCACAUUGAGCAUGAAACAGGUGCAAACCUCUUUUGAGUUACUAAACGUAGCGCUAAUCAACUUGAGGGCGGAAAAGCAGAAUCUGGAGAAAGAGCUGCUCUCCUGCAGACAAGGGCAUUUGGAGCUGAAAGAAAUUGCGGCCCAGUGCAAUGAUGAUCUCCGAAAAGCGCUUUGUGAGCAACGUUGCUUAAAGCAACAACUGGUCGAGGAGCAAAGUAACGUGCGGCAGCUGAAGCACGACAAGGAGAGGCUGAUGAAUGAGAUAUGCGACAUGGAACGUGAACACUUGAAAAGGAAGGAGUCGUUCAGUCAUGAAUUGGAAAAGAAGAAUGAGGAGCUAUCCAACAUGCGCGCCACAGUUGAGAAACUCGAAAAUAAGCUCAAACAGCGUCAGAUAAAACGUUAUGAACUAAAGCAGUAUCUGAUGAAUAUAGAACGCAUGGAACAGGAGGAAAGCUGUUCAUCCAAUGAAAAAGAAAUACCCAACAAGGAAAUUACUGAUUCUAGGAUUCUAAAUGUGGAAGGCCAUGGGUACGGACAGAUCUUGUCUGCCGUACAAUACUAUUCAUCCGUCGCCGUAUUCUGGAUAUGGCUCGCAUUACUGCCGAGGAAAUCGUUACGAUACGGAUGUAUGCCUUCGAAGAAGCGAGUCGAUUGACCAAAAUAUGUCCUUUCCAAUUUCAUAACUUGUGUGUGUACAUAAACAUCUAUUAUGAGUGAAUAGUGGUCAU